AGCCGAAGCCACGCCUUCGGCCCCUCCUGUGGGCUGAGGGGGAGGGACAGAGCAGAAAAAUGGGCGAAGAGAUCCAUGUCGAUGUAUCAUGGCGCAUGCCGACCAUCCAUUUCUUCACUCUGUUGCCUGGCUCUCAAGUUGACGCAUGUGCACAUUUUCAUUUCUGUUAGAUAACAUUUUUUUUUUCAAGAAAAAUAUUUCAACCCGCGGUGACCCAAAAGUUAACAAUCGCAGCGUUUUUUUCAUCAUCCCAUUUCAUUUUUCCACCUCCAUCUUCUUGUAAUCAACUCAUCAAGUUAGAAAAAAAUAUAUAAAAUAAAAAUGUUUGGAGGUUUACCAACUCCAACUGAAACCGAAGCUCCGGACACUGUCUUGACGGCCGGUCCGGCCAGUUCUUCGGCCAGUGUUGACUACCACCAUCAUCACCACGAUCAUCCAGAUUGUGAGGGAAGUCCUGGCAGUCAGGACGAUCACAACGGCCAUCUGACAACAUCGCAAUCAGCGCACAUUACGCUCAGUAGCAGUUACUACAGCAACAGUUCAGGAUCGACAGGUGGUAGUCUCAAUAAUUCCGGGCCUGUCGGCUCACCUGUGCUCUACUACGACGGACCAUCAAACAAUCAUCACUGGAUGGCUCAGGGUUCGAUGGAUCAUCAUCAGACUCAACAGCAGUCGAACUAUGGCGUAGUUAUGAGUCGUUACAAUAGCGUGGCCAGCUCUGUGCCAUCGACGCCGACGUCGCCUCGAAACAGCAACGGCAACAGCACGACGGCAGGAAGUGGUUCCGCAACUGCUACUACUCGCCUACCGCCUUACGCCGCAACGUACGGCGACUACGGAGCUGCAGCGGCGGCCGCAGCGGCUGCAGCUGCUGCAGCAGCCGCCGCCGCUGCCGGGUGGCCUAAUGUUCCAUCCUCUCCGCCAUUCGAUUCAAGCAAUCUCGGAGGCAGUUCGAGCAGCGGAUGGACCGGCAAUGGAAAUCGCGGCGGGCCGGGUAACAACAACCGUCACCAUCUUCCGCAUCAAUACGGAGGCAGUCCAGCAUCGAUGAUGCUCAACUCUUAUUGCACCAUGACCAACACAGACGAGGACUACGAGCAGGUGGACGGUCGUGAAUGCGUCAAUUGCGGCUCGAUUUCGACUCCGUUGUGGCGUCGCGACGGCACUGGACACUAUUUGUGCAACGCGUGCGGACUCUACCACAAAAUGAACAACGGCACACAGCGGCCACUCAUCAAGCAAACCCGCCGCUUGUCGACUACUCGACGUUUGGGUCUACGGUGCGCCAAUUGCGCCACAACGACGACGUCCCUUUGGCGUCGCAAUAAUCAGGGCGAAACGGUUUGCAACGCUUGCGGCCUCUAUUUCAAACUGCACGGCGUUAACCGACCGCUGGCUAUGAAGAAGGACAACAUCCAGACCCGCAAACGCAAGCGAAAGGGAGACGCCACACCUGUCAGCAAAGUUGCAAUGGGCGCCGUUCCGACAUCUUCAGGCAGUUCGGCUGGCCAUUCCGGCCACCACUUGAAUCAGCAUCACCAUAUGAACCACAAUCAAGCGCAGCAGCAGCAGCAGCAAUCGUUACCUAGUCUGUCGAAUCAUUUGAAUCCUGGCUCUCCCAAUGCGUACGGAGCUCCGAUUUCCAUGAUGAUGGGCAACGGCAAUGGCAAGUUAGUUUACCAGCAUCACCAUCAUCACCACCAGGACCCUGUCAACAGCAUGAGUCCCAUUCAUCACAGCGACUUGAUCAAAACCGAACAUUCAGUUCUAAAUGAUGGCGAUUGCUUGUCGCCGGAGAACACGUCGCCGUACGUUAGCGGCAACGCCAGUCCGGUAGAAUCACACCACCAUCAUCACCAUCAACAACAAUUACACCAACCGUGUUACGAUCUACCACCCAUGGCGGCCAUGAACAUGACUGUCCAACAACAUCAACAGCCCGGUUGUAGUAGCAGUGGAGCUGGACAUUACAGCAGUAACAAUUCACCCGUUUCAUCUUCGUAUCCGGGCUCGGUCAGUCCCAACAACAACAUGAUCUCGUCUCAAACUGGUGGCCACGUCGCUGCCGGCGCUAGUGGCGGUUUGAAUAAUAACGAUUUCGGCGCUUUUUCCGCCUAUUAUUCAACGGCCAACAGCCAACAACAGCAACAACAUUAUUACGGCAAUGUGAUCCAACAACAACAACAACAUUCGCCCGAAGAUUGCUCCGGAGAUCAACAACAGUCGCUCAUGUCCAGCUAAAAAAUUCUUUUAAAAAUCCAAUAAUCUAAAUUGACUUUAUUAGGCUUCCAAAUGAUUCGUGUCGACAUUUUAUGCUCUGGGGGGGUUUGAUUAAUUUUUUUUUUUAAAUAAUUUUUGUAUUCACUGUCUUUUUUUGUUACAAUUAACGUACAAACAAAAUGUAGUUGAGUGUGACUACGAUUUUUUGGUGAGUGCUUUCUAGUUCGUUUCUUUUUCAUUUUUUUGUAUUUGCGUCAGCGCAGUGCGAUUUUUUAGUUGACCAUUUAUUCAUUGUAUUUGCUUAUUAUUAUUUAGCGUACUUUGCUUAGUUAUAGUUUGUUUUCAAGAUUUUUUCGUGAAUCACUGGGCAUCUCAGGUCGACCUUUUUUUUAAAAUCCCAUUUUCAAAAUUGGGAAAAAAAUUAUGUUCGACAAAUAGAGACGUUUUGUAUACAGCCGAGACCAAAGAAACAGAGACGUUACGAGACAUUUUUGCAUGUCAUUUUGACCCUACUAUUCCCGUGUUUUGUUUUUGUUCCAGGCGAUUAUCCGCCCACCUCUCAAUAAGAUGCUCCUCUUUUUCUCUAUUGAUCAUUUUGCCUUUUUUUUUUUUCUUUUUCUCAGUUGAAAUUCUCGUCAAAAUGCUGAUGAUAGUAAUCUCAUAUUCUACAAGUGCACUUGUAAUCUCUUCGUGUCACGUUUGUGUCUUUCCUCUUUAAAAAAAAAUAAUAUCAUUCACAACGUUUUGAUUCUUUUGCGGCGUUUGUUGUGUGACAGUUUUCGACGUGAGUGUAUGUUUACGCAAUUCUUGUUGUUGAGACCCAUCGUGUUCUAUACCUUCCCAUUUCUGAUUGCAAUCACCUGAUUAGGAAGCAAAAAACACAAUUCGCGGUCUAUGUCAUACCUGAAAACGUGGCCUGUAUAACUCUCCCGUCUUAACGAUCGAUUAUUGAAUAUACCACAAGUUUGUAUCUGA